AUGGCACCAAAGGGCAAGGACGCCAAGGCCGCGGCCGCCAAGGCCGCGGCGGCCGUGAAGAAGAACUCGUGGGCGAAGACUCGCAAGCCGCGCUACAGCGUGGUGUUCCACCGGCCAAAGACGCUCAAGCGCACGCGCGACCCCAAGUACACGCGCAAGAGCGCCAACGGCAGCGGCUGCGGCGGCACCGAGGACUCGGCUUGGCAGCCGGAGCGGCUCUGA